AUGGCCGCACUUUGCAGACCCUCAGUUCCCAGGAUAGCCAAUGGAACUCUCCGGACGCGUUCGUUCCGUCUUUGGCAGUCGAACGGUCUUGUGAAGCCCACGGCAUGCUUUAGCUCAUCCGCCGUACCGCAUGAGAAGGUCGCUGUUCUCUACCAGGCCAUUGAACCACCGAUCAUCAAUGGUGUUCGCAAACCCAUGAAGCCGGGGGGAUACCGAGACUCGGGCGCCGAUAUCGCCUACAACCUACAAGCCAGCAGAUCUAUCCAAGCAGUCACUCCCGUAUCAAAUCCGUCACCACGGGUCGACUCUGACUGGUGCUUUCCCGACACUGAAGACGGCAUUUUAUCUGCUGUCAAUCAGGGAGCAACUCAUCUAUGGGCCAACACCAUCCUCUUUGCGUCGCAUCCUCUACAAGUCUCAUCAAAACUCGCUCUUCAUCAAGAUUCGCUUCACGUCAUCGGACAUGGCCCUCUCGUGGUUGAGAAAUACGACGACAAAGAGCUGGUCAACAACCUUCUCCGUCGCACCGGCGGCUUCACGAUGCCUCGCUCCUGGACGAUUUCAAGUAGCGCCACUCUUGCCGACGACCUGAAACGGGAAGAUCUGCCGUUUCCAAUUGUCGCAAAGCCUGUUCGCGGAAGGGGAAGUCACGGCGUCAAGGUCUGUCGCGACCUCGCAGAUCUGACGUCCCAUGCCGAAACCCUCUUCCAGGAGUCCUCGACCAUCAUGCUGGAGGAGUACCUCGCCGGCGAAGAGGCCACUGUAACCAUGAUGCCGCCGAGCUCUAGUAACAAGGACUACUGGUCGCUGCCGAUCGUCACCCGCUUCAACCACCAAGAUGGCAUCGCUCCGUACAACGGCGUCGUGGCCGUCACCGCCAACUCGCGAGUCGUGUCGAGAGAGGAAAUGAAGGACCCGGCCUACAGUCGGAUAGCGGAGGAAUGUGAGGGCGUCGCUAGGCUGUUGGGCGUCACGGCCCCAAUCCGGAUCGAUGUGCGGCGCUUUGAGAUUUCGACUGCGUCAAGGUUCGCCCUGUUCGAUGUCAACAUGAAGCCGAAUAUGACCGGCCCUGGAAGGCCUGGGCGGGACGACCAAGCCAGCUUGACGCUGCUGGCUGCUGAGGCGCUGGGAUGGGAUUAUCAGCAGCUUUUGAGGCAGAUACUGAGUACAUCAUGCAGUUUGAGGACGCUCCGGGAGCUCAAGCCAAAGAUUGGGUAG